UUUUUGACAUAUUACUUAGUGGUGUGAGACAUUGAAGCCCAUGCAAAUACAAAAGCCUGAGAGAAGCAUUUAUUCUGUGCAUAUUCCAGGAAGAAACAGAACCUUUUACUCUUUCUUGCUCCUUAAGCAGCUUUGCAUGAUAAGAAAAGGAACUGGUAAGCUUUGGUUAUCUAUUUUUAGUGUCUCUGAUAAUUUACUACCCCCAGCAGCUAUAUGCGGUUGACGUGGACUAAGCCAGUGUAAGUUUCACAGAAAACGAUGAUCAGCAUCAACCAUGGCAAACGGUGGGAGCUUCAACGUCAACAUUUAUGAAGAGGAUUAUGACUAUGAAAAUCUUGGCGAAAGUGGACCCAGUCAGGACCCUUUCCAACUCUUCAAAGAACCAGCAUGUAAUGUUCAGGGCAAUCCUGGAGACAUACAGAUGGAAAUGUUCACAAAAAACUCAGACACAUCUGACAGCGAGUCAACAAGCAGCAGCAAAGAAUCAUAUAAUGGAUGCCGAUUGAGAUCUUUGCAAAGAAACAACUGGUCAGCCGCUACAAGGAGGGUACUCUCCUCCAUGCCCAGUCGUAAAAUUGGGUUACAUAGUUCUGCAGGCAUGGCUGUGCGAGAAACAUGUGCACUACCGACACACCAGACCUCGUCCCGUGUCUCCCUCCACAUCCCCAGAGUGACCCAGGACGAUAUCACAUCACCAGAGUUUGAGGAAAUUAGUACUGAAGACGAAGCAAAUAAUUUGGCUGGUUCAGGCUUGUGGUGCACUGAAACCAAUAAGGAGCAGCUGGUGUCAGAUCUCCGAGGCCUCUCUGAGAGUGAAGGCUUGCGUAAGCUGCGAGCCAUGCCACUCAGCCUGGCGGACAAGAUGGAAAUCAGGAAGCAUUUUUUUAGCCCUUUAGCUAAGAAUUUGGUCAUCAACAGGAACUUCCCUUGUCGUAAUCUUCCAUGCAUGUACCUUUCAAGGAUGUGGCGCCAUUGCAGAUAUGCCCCCCGAUUUUCUACCUCUCUCAAGUUGUGGAACUCAUCCAUGAAAAAACUGAGUGGACGUUAUGGAACCGGAGUUCUCUCCUACUUCACUUUUCUCCGAACGCUCCUGUUCAUCAACCUGCUUUUCUUCAUUACUACCUUCUUGUUUCUGGUUCUUCCUCAAGCCAUCCACCCUCCACCUGAUUCCCAUGGCGAGUCUUUCUCUUGGAUUGAAAUUUUCACGGGCAUGGGUUACCUUUCUCGGAGCUUGAUGUUUUAUGGUUACUACUCAAACAUCACGAUUAAAACUACGAGCAUAACAUCUAUGGUACCUUAUUGCAUACCAACUGCCUAUUUUUUUACCAUCACAAUUUCCUUCUUUAUUAUCUGCAUUAUUCUGGUGUACAGCAUGUCCAAGUCUUUUGGGAAAAGCUUUCAGGUGUUCAAGUCAGACGGGAAUCUGUCAGAAAACGUUUUCUGCUCCUGGGACUUUAAAGUCACCAAAAAGCCUUCCAUCAGACUUCAGUCUGAGAAGAUCAGCACUCAGCUCAAAGAGCAGCUUUCUGAGCUGGCCAGCAGAGAAGAGGAAAGGACUCUCAUGCAGCGGUUCCGCAACUUCCUUGUGCACGUGGCAGCAUGGUUCAUUUGCCUAGCGAGCAUCUUCUUCAGUGCCUUGGGUGUCUACUUUCUUUCAAAGACCAUCAGUAAAGUGCUUCAGAAUCUUGAUUUGCUGUUCAUGGCUGCAGUGGUGUCUGGAUUCAACCUGCUGCUGCCUGGGAUCUUCAAUUUCUGUGCUUGGAUGGAGAAGCAUAACUCGCCCUGCACACGUGUCUAUGUCUCCAUCUUCAGGAACCUGCUGCUGAAGAUCAGCCUUGUUAUCAUACUGUGUUACCACUGGCUUGGAAAAAUUGCUGUGGAACAAGACCCUCAAGUUUCAAAGUGCUGGGAGAAUUUUGUGGGGCAGGAACUUUAUCGCCUGCUCCUGAUGGACUUCAUCUUUACAGUGCUUUACACUUUUCUAGGCGAGUUCGUAUGGAGGAUUUUCUCCCAAAAAAUCUUAAGAAAGAACAGAAAGCCAGUGUUUGACAUUGCUCGAAAUGUUCUGGAACUUAUAUAUGGACAAACGCUGACUUGGCUUGGGGUGUUGUUUGCUCCUCUCCUCCCCGCUGUCCAAAUUGCAAAACUGUUUGUGCUGUUUUACAUGAAGAAGAACAGCCUGAUGCUCAACUGUCAGGCAUCUAAAAAGCCCUGGAGGGCAACUCACAUGACAACAGCAUUCAUUACUCUCUUGUUCUUCCCCUCAUUUCUUGGUGCUGCUGUUUUUGUUGCGUAUACAGUUUGGAAAAUCAAACCAUCAUCAGGAUGUGGCCCUUUCAGGAACCUAACCAGUAUGUUAGAAUCCGUGAAGCUGUGGGCUGAGAGGAUGAAGGACCAUCACCAAAUUCUUUCUUGGCUCUUUCGAGCUUACAAUGCUUUCACAGAUAACCCGAUCUUCUUGUUCAUGCCCUCUGGACUAUUUCUACUGUUGAUAUAUUUCCGUAUUCAGGUAGUAGAUGGCCAAAGGAGAAUCAUCAGACGGUUAGAAAAGCAAAUUGACGAUGAAGGUAAAGACAAAAAAUUCCUCAUCACCCAACUGCAGUAUUGGUAUGAGGAAAAUAAUCCAAAUUCUAGUAAGAGACAAAGGUGAACUGGGUUCACUUCCUUCUUGGACACCUUUCUGAGGAAGAUGAUACCUCCACGUUGUCAUGCACGCUUGUCAUUAAAUUGUGUUAUCAUCACUGACAUGUCUAGACAUUGAGAACUUCCCUCAUAAAUACCAUAGAAAAAAAACAGGAAAAGCAGCAACAAACUUUGUGAAGUUUUGAUAUACUUUGUGAUAUUUGAUUAAUUUACAACAGGUUGAACUCUUCUGCAUCCUUUUACUAUUCUAAAUAAAAGACUUUGUAUACUAUGUAAUUUUAGAUUCACUUUAAAGUUUUUGUUUGUAAAAUGCAAAAAUAAAAUUUUACCGCAUAUUAUAAUUCUCCAAAUGUGUCAUGGGGCUUUACACAAUAGUCCACAGGAGUAAUUCUCUGAGCUGUGACGUUGUCUUUCUAAAAAUAUUCCAGAGAUGGUGUUUGCAGGUUUCUGCAGAAAAUCAUAUAUUGGUAUAACUUCAUUAUUUUUCAUGAAGGAAAAUUUUCCUGUCAGCCUGGUGGAAAAACUAUUCUACACAUUACAAAUCUUUACUUAAAAUUGUACAACAUUUUAAAGCAUGCACUGUCAAGUAAUUGAUGGCCUUUUUCCUGAGAUGAGUCAUUUAUCUUCAUAAGAACAAAAUAUUUUUACUGAGAAUUUCUUUAGUUUCUCAUUGCUGAUCAAUGCCAUGCUAAAAUGUGUAGAAGAGAACUAAAUAGAGCUUAAAGUGUCUGAUAGAAAUCCGGAAUGACUGGAAGGCUUUUAUUUGGAAGGCUUUAGAACAGAGAAGUGGGUGUUGAAAACCUUUUACUAAACAAUCUCUGUCUGCAAAACACAUGGACUUUUGUAACGGGGGCAACAAAAAUGUUUCACAUAUAUCUAAUUUAUAUAGUACACAACACACUCAUGUGCACUACAAAAAUUAUCUCAAGUUAAAAAAGGGAUAAUUGGGAUUUAUUUUUUGUCGUGAGGUUUUAUGAAGAUACUAUUAAUAUUUCCCGUAGAAACAGUCCUAUUUGUGUGAGUUAUUUUAAAAUGUUGACGUCUGUUAAAUUGGGGAGGAGAAAAUCUGUCUGGCUGUUACUUUGGACCACUCUGAGGAUUGCUUUGUUUUUCUACAAUCUCGCUGAGAUAUAUCUGCUUCAGAUAAGGGGCUGGUAGCAACUCGCUAUAACAUGCCUUUGGUGUCAUCUCAAGCACUUUUGGGCAAGUGUUUGGGCACAUCCUGGUCAGGUAGUCAGUCCUUAAUGAUGUCCCAUCAUUUGUGAUAAUUGUUUUCAUCAUACAUGCCAAAAUUCAUAGAAUAGAUAUGCUUUACUGUUGUUAUCCCUCUGUUUGCUUGAACUUGUGAAUUGUUAUGGAAUAUUUAGUGCAGAAAACUAAAAGCUCUCAUAUUAGCAAAAAUGGGUUGUAAAAAAUACUAUAGUAAAUAAUAUCAAAUUAACAACUGUCAGUCAUGUUUUGACUGUUUUUAUAUAAUCUCAAAAUGAAUUUCACUGAAAACUUCAGUGCAAAUAAACUUAUGUAACAUAUCCUCCAUGGAAUAUUUUCUUUUUUUUCUCCAUUUCCUGUUUACCGCAUCAGAUGUUGUGCAACAAAAAAAAAAAUGUUUAUAACUGUUCAACAGUAGUAAUCACCUGUUUAAGGUUUUCCCCUGGCUGCUUAACAGGUUUUGUGACAUUGAUCUGUUUGAAAGCAUUUUUCGUUUGAACUUGAGAUAAAAACAAAACUAAAAGAAGGAGGAAACUUUCUCCUCCUACGUAUAAGGAAAUAUACUCAUUUCAAAAAGUAUAAAUCAGGCUUCGUCCACUUGUUGGGCAUAAUUUUUCCUUCCAUUUGUCUCACAUCUGCGUCUGGAUAAUGGCCUCUGGUAAGGGAAAACUUCCAUUCAUGAUUUUAACUUCUAAUUUGUGUAGUUUUUUUUGCCUGAAUUUUUUUCUUGGUGAAAAGAAUAUUAAAAAGGAUGAUGAAUUCUAUUUAUUUCAGAUAUCGGUGAGAGAGCACCUAA